AACCCAAACAAUAGGUUUCUAAGAAAAAAAAAAAAAACUCUCUUCCGCUUCAGAAGGUUCAAAAUAUGGGUCCGAAUUAACAUUGUCGAUGAGUGUAAAGCAUAUCAAAGCCAGCAACAGCGAUGUCGAAGCCGAGGCGACCGCAUUUUCUCAAUGUCUUCUCCUCUACUUCAAGUGCUAACAGCCUGAGAAUUCCAGUGGGAUUUAAUAGAAACUUGGAGGGAAGAGGUUCUGGGUCAGUUUUGUUAAAAGGACCAAGUGGGUAUAGUUGGAAUGUUAAAUUAGUUCAAAGAAAUGAUGACUUAUUAUUUGAUGAAGGAUGGGCUGAUUUCGUAGCAGACCAUAGCCUAGAAUGCGGUGAAAUUUUGGUUUUUAGGUAUGAUGGUGACUUGGUUUUCGAUGUCAAAGUGUUUGAUCAAAGCAGUUGCGAGAAAGAAGUUGCUUUUCAUUGUAAAUGCAGUCAAGCUGGUAGCGUGUUUCAUGGAAUUGUGAGGCAGAAGAGAUAUAGGGAGGAGGAUGAUGUUUCAUUGGAUCAAGAUUGUGAAGAGUUGUUAAAGAGAAUCAGACAGAGUUCUUUUGAGUCCGAUCGUGAUGAAGAACAUUGUGGGCGGGAGCUGAUUCUUGCUACUACAAGUUGUCAAGGAUUAACUUCCUGUGAUGAAAAUCAUGAUGGAACCAUUCUGAAAAUAACUGGCAAAGAAGAUGACUUGAAGCUUCAUGGCAGUGGCUGUAUACAGAUGAUAGGAGAAUUUGAAGAGAAGAAAGUGGCUCAGUCUUUUAACUCAUGUUUCCCCUUUUUUGUAAGAAUUAUGAAAAGAUUCAAUGUCAGUGGCUCAUAUACAUUGAAUAUUCCAUAUCAGUUUGCAAUGGAACAUCUUCCAAACUGCAAGACUGAGAUCGUGCUUCGGAAUCUGAAAGGAGCUUGUUGGACGGUGAAUUCUGUGCCUACAACAAGAGUGCAUACAAGUCAUACUUUAUGUGGUGGAUGGUUGAGCUUUGUCCGUAGUAAUGAGAUAAAGGCUGGAGACAUUUGUAUUUUUGAAUUGGUGCACAAAUUUGAAUUCCGUGUGCAUAUUCUUCGGGUUGGACAGGAAGACUUGAUCAGGCAAAGCAGAAAAGCAGUCCUGGACAGGUCUGAUUCAACUUUACUGAAGAAAUUUGUAAAGAACACUUCAAAGGUCCACUCAAAAUUGAAAAAGGUUCAAAUCUGUGAUAACAAAGGGUCUAAGGUGCUUGACAAAUGGAAAUAUGGUAAUGCAGCAAAAAAAUCUGCCAGUGUUGUGCUCUGCUCUUUGUCAAGGUCAGGCACUGAAAAGCAAGAAGCAGCUAUUAGUGGUUUGAGAAUGAUGUUGACAGUUGAUGAAGAAAAAGCUGCUAGGUCUUUUGCUUCUCGCUUUCCUAGUUUUGUGAGAAUUAUGAGAAAGUUCAACAUCAGUGGUUCGUAUACUUUGAAAAUACCAUAUAAGUUUUCAAAGGAGCAUCUACCCUACUGCAAAACACAAGUAGUGCUUCGUAAUUUGCAAGGCACGUGUUGGACUGUAAAUUCUCUCCCAGAUUCAAAAGGUCGAGCUGUGCAUACCUUCUGUGGAGGAUGGAUGGCCUUUGUUCGUGAUAAUGAGAUAAAGAUUGGUGAUAUCUGCAUAUUUGAACUUGUCAAUAAUUAUGAAAUGCGUGUGCAUAUAUCUGGGUCGGGAAGAAAAGGGCUAGAUCGCCAACACACUUCUUUGUGAGUAUGGCUAAGGGAAAAUCUUUUCAGGAACUCAUCACCAGGAUUUGUGGAAUGGGGUUGUCUAUAUUUGUAUGGAGGGAGAGGAAUAACUGCAGAAUGUUUGUCACAUUGCAGCAGUACUUUGAAAUUCAAUUGUAUGGAUUCUAUUAACCUGGGGAUCAUCAUGUUUUCUUAAUUUGCUUUGGGUUUGAUGGGAGUUUUAAGGAAGUGAUGACAAAUAUUUGAGGGAUUAGCUUAGCUACUUAUUCUCAAACAUGGAAUUGCAUAUUCGUUCAAUCUGAAAGCAGUGUCCUAGCUUUGGAAAGUAAAAAAGAAUAUUGUAUUUUAUAUGGGAAAGAUAAUGUGUAAUUGUUGGAGUGUUGCUUUGGAA